CUGCAUCAGCCGCGUACGCGGAGCCUCGGAGCAUCACGGGGAGAGUGCUCAGACAUUCACCAGAAAGACAAAACUGAAACAACUUGACAACAGUCGAAAGAUUAUUUUGUAAACGCGUCCUCAAGCUGCUUUUUAUAUCUUUCUUUUUUCCUUUCUUUCUUUCUUUUUGUACUGAAGGGAGGCAGAGGGUAAGGAUUCACUGCGGCUAAUCGAUUCCCCUCUCCAGACCCGGGAAUUACAAUAAAAAAAUGUAGGUGACACAUUUACGUCCACAAUCCUGGAAUCGCCAUAGGACCCCAGCGAUGACAACAAAGUGUACAAGCUGAUGAACAAGUGGAUGUAAACCAGUGAAAGAAGAGUGACGGUCCUGAUCGAGACCAUCUUCAUACCAAGAGGAGUUUUCUGGGAGAAUCUUAACCGGCUAUCCUGCUUUCAAAGCUGUGAUUCCUCACCAACUUUUCCUACUAGCUUUUCCACUAUCAUUUUUUUCCAAGGCUGGGGUCAAAAUUUCUCCACCUUUAUCGUCUGUGGAUUUUUUUUUCUUUGUUCCAAGCGAGACCAAAACUAUAUGUGAAACUGUGUUUUAAAGAAGCAAAAAAUCUUAUAUGGAACUUCUUAUCUCCAAACCAUCACAUAGACAGUUUAUCUAACUAUCUUUCAGCACCUAAUUUAGUAACUAACAAGCUACUUUUUUCCUCCUUCGACUCACAAAUAUACAACAUCCAAGGCUGCAUUAAACUUACAUUUAAUCUUAAUUACCUUAAAAUUUUCUAUGUGUAAUCUUUGUUCAGUGUUUGCUGCUCCUGAUGCUAAAACUGAGACCAUGGUCAGUGCAUUAUUGGUUCAAAGUGCUUUAUAAACCGCUGAUGUUUGCUUGUAGUUAUGGAUAAGAGAGGAAGCAUGUGUUAGGCAGUGAUAGCUUAACACACGCCAUCUAAACAUUUUAACGCUUCAGCAGGACGGCGUUUGAUUGACAGGCAACACGAACCACGUCUAACCUGAUAAACAGAGGCACUGCUGCUGCCACCGCCACUCUUCUGCUUCUGCUGCUAUCUCAAAGGCUUAAAGAUAUACCGUCCUCUCAAUCCGCGCUGUGAAAACACUGUUGACACUUUGCCUAUCUCCUUCUUCCAGUUGCUUCUUAUUAGCGAGGUCUCUCAGUCAUCGUUGUCUUGUCUCUUCCAUAUGUGGCUCUUGUUUACGCCACGCUGAACAACGUGAAAGCCCCCUUUAUCUGCUCCCAGUGACCUCCUCAACCUUUUUUACAUUCUUCCUCUUACUCAACUAAAAACAUGCAAUUUAAAACCUUUCACUGUACUCGCAUUUUUGAAAGGAGACCAAAUUUGUAAAAAAGACAAAACAAAAAAAACAACAUAGCCUAAAGCCAUACUGAACACCAGCCAUACAGACACCUUUUACAUGUUCCAGAUUUAUCACAAUGUCUUAGAUUUCUUCAACAAAGUGAUCUUCAGUCACAGCAGUGCACGUCCACUUUCAGGGAAUCAAUGAGGUAACAGCUAGUGACAUAAAACCCUACAUUUCAUACAUUUAGAGGAAACUUUUCUACCUGCAUCUUUCUAGAUCCCUCUACUGAAUCUGUGACCGGACCGCCUGCUGCGUCAAGUUUGGCAGUUGAUAGAGGCCGUGUGGAGUUAACAGAUUCGUCCUGUGUUCCUCUGUCUUGACGGAUGAAUCCAGACAUUUUCAUGUCUGUUCUGUGGGCAGAACCUCGCUGCCCUGCUAGAACCGGGCCCAAGCCCUCCUUCGUUCUUUUCUGUUGGGCCAAGCUAAACUCGGAGCAGAGACACUCGCACAAGGGUACCGAGCGCACAUAGAUCCACAUCUUUUCUUUCAGUAAUUGGUCGCAAGCUCCUUGCUAUUGAUGACGAAUGCCUUUACAUUCAAUUAAUGAACAAAUCUCUGUCCUUUAGAAGCUGCUGGACAAACUUAUUUUCUAGAAGAGCUGAUGUUGCUUAAGAAUCAUCCGAUUUUUCUGACUAUUACUUAAACCAAAAAGCGAAGCAUUUUGACCUUUACUAGUCCUCUUCCUGAUUAUCUAGAAGUGAGCUUGUUUAUUAGACUAAUUAUAAGGAUGUUAAAGAAAUGCAAAUUAAAGUUAAAGCUCGUUACAAAUGUAAAAAAACUUCCAGUCAGCUUGUUUGCCAAACAAAGCUAUGAUCUUUAAAGCUACCAGCACUGUUUACAGACAGAGUGUGACAAAUAUUUGACUGAAAAACAUUUAGUUUCCAUGUACGAUUCUUUUUUUUUACACAUCGAAAACCCACACAGGAUAACAGAAGUGCCAAACUCCAAGAAUUCAUCCAGCAUCUGUUAUAAGCUCAUUAAACAGGAUAUGUAAAGUUUACAUGUAACGCUAAAUGUUUACAGACCAGUUUCCAUUGCAGUUUAUGUGAAUUGUAACUUUUGUGCCAAACACAUCUGCCAGAACGGUGUUCAGUUUUUUUCCUGUUGGUCAGUAUAUUUAAUUGUUUACGGUUUUCUCAAACUACUUUUGUUUACGGAAAAUGUGAAAAAAGAUAUUAACUGCCAGUUGUCAAGAUUCUGAAUUUUGGCUAAGGGACAGUAAAACACCACAGACCAAAAUAUUUAUCCGUACCAGGUGUCAUACAGCAAACCCACAUUGUUCUGUGUACGCAAGUGGUUGGAAAUUUCAUUUAAACGUAUUACAGAUGGAUAGCUGUUGUUCAGGCAGCUCAUAUAGGGCCUAAAAUCUUUGAAAGACCUCAAUGUUUACACAAGCUGCUUACGGAGGGAUUUGUGCACAGAAAAAUGUUUACAUUCAGAUGAAGGAGUGAAAUGCCAAACAUUUAUGAAACAGCUGCUGAACUCUGGGGGAAACCCUCCAACCUGAACCAAGAAGGGAUCAAUUCAUAAGACUGAAGUUAAAAACUUUUCUUAUCGAAGGUCUUUAUAAGUCAAGAAGCCACCAUCUUGGUGGAGGACGCUGACAGCAGACAGGGAACUGCUUCUGACUUUGUUUUUUGUAACGGCGGCUUGAGAACUUUGCCACAGAACAAUGAAACCUGCCCUUUUAAAAAGGAUUUUUUCCUCGUCCCUCAUCCUCCUGCUUUUCUCUGGCCUCACUGUUUCCACUGUAACCAUCACCACGGAGCGGCAGGCUGUUGAGGGCGAUGUCAGGACCCUUACCGGUGGCCGUAACUCUGCAGCGGCUGGUAAAGCGAGCACCACCCUGUUCCUCCUGACCGGCUACAAGCCACCGCCGCCCAGCGGACCCAAAACGGCACCCAAAGUAGCUGAGAUGGAGGACGGGGAUGAUCAUCCUGUGAUGGCUGAACUUCCUCCAAAGCCUCUUCCUCAGACCAUGUUGCCAAGGAACAUGACGGCAGACGCUCUGAAGCCUCCGCUCGGUGCGGCCCAGGUGGCUCCACCUCCCAGACAGCUGGUGGAUGUGGAUGUUUGCAGGGGUUACUUUGAUGUGAUGGGACACUUUGACAGCACGUUCAACUGCUCCCAGGGUAGUUACAUCUACUGCUGCGGUACCUGCCACUACCGGUUCUGCUGCGAGCACCAAAGAGACCGGCUGGAUCAGGAAUCCUGCAACAACUACAUUUCCCCAGUCUGGGCCGAUCCACAGGUCCCCGUCACUGUGCCUGCGGGCAAUAAACCCGAUCCUGAUUUUGAGACGCUUCAGCAGCAGAGCAGCAGUACAGCUUAUGUGAUUGGAGGGGUGAUCUCCUUCACGCUGGUGGUGGCUGUGGGUGUCAGGAUCGCCUUCAGCAAGGUGGCACGUCGACCUCGCAACAGAGACAUCAACAUGCCCAGAUCACUGGUGGAUAUUUUGCGUCACCAAUCAAGCCCCGUGCAGCAGGGAGAGAGGAACAACACCGCUGUGUUGACCACCACCACCUCAGACGGACGCACAUCCAAAAAUCUCUACACCCCCAUCCUGCAGAAGAAAGACAACCGCAAGCGCGGACCCCGUAUGAACAACACCCCCCAGCUCUCCUCUGGCCCCACCUUGAUUUCAAGUAGCGGUAAAGUUCCAGGAGUGGCCGGCAUCAGUGGCAGCAGCAUGAUGGGAGGAAGCAUGAGACACAACAGCAGCCACCCGUCUUUUUCCCACUCCUUCCACAACCUGGCCCAGCUACCACCGUCCUACGAGACGGCCAUGAAACCCGAGAUCAACCGCUACAGCUCCCUGAAGAGGCUGGAGAAAGAACUUGACGAAUACUCCAGUUACUACACCUCCAAACGUCGCUCCAACAAUGCUGCACCCUCCUUUUACUCCUCGCAGCACCAUCUUCCCUGGGGAGGAGAUUACACGCUGGGAUCCAGGGGCACUCUGCCUCUCCAUGGCUCCCGACCACAUCUCCAUAUACCUUCCACGCCAAACCCGUACCCGCUGCCCUCCCAGGCGCCGUACACCCCCUCCACCUUCGACAGGCCGCCGCGCCGCGUCCGCUCCCAAGACCAGCUGCUGGCACUCGGGGAGGGCAACACCCUGUCCCGCCUGUCCAAGAACCAGCAUCAACAGUACUACAAAGCCAUGAUGAGCACCAGCAGGGGCUCCAAUUCACAGACGCUCCGCAGGUCCCAUGAGAGGCUCCUGAUCUCACCAGACCGUCUCGAGGACCGCAUGAUGACGAUGGGUCUGCUGGGGGGAGGAGGCGACAGAGGAGUGGGAAGCGGGAUGGUUCCCACCAUGGGCCGACUCAGCCACCACCAGAAGGCCCAGUCACAGCAGAACAUCUGCGUUACACCGUCCAUGGACCGCCACCACAUGAUCAAGAUGAACUCCCACCCCACACCAGGCCAUGACCACGAGCGCAGCUCCACAGCCGUGCCUGGGAUGGGGAUGCACGGUGGCUGGGACUCCCACGGGGGCCACAGCGGAAGUACUGGGAACCACCCCAACGCCCGGCGGAUGGCUUUUGCCACCAAGAGGCAGAACACCAUCGAACAGCUACACUUCAUUCCUGGAGGAGGAGGAGGGCAGGGACUGCGGACUGGGAGUAAGAAUGAGGUGACAGUCUGAAAGAAGAAGAUCAAGAGGAAGAUAAAGAGCAACGGACAGGUGAAAACUGAUAAAGAAGAGGGGGGAAGGAUUCAGUGGGAGGAUAAAUUUGAGAGCUGAGUAGGAAAAUGCAAAGAAAGGAUGAAGGUUUGAUCCCAGCUGGAUCCCCCACAGGGUUUCACCCCACCCUGGAAACAAGCUGCAGUCAGCCCCCCUUUAAAAAUCAACAACAUUGUGGACGACCACAUUAAUUUCAUUGUGAUUAAAGCCAAUCAAGUCACUCCUUGUCACUUUCUGUAUUGAAAAAGAGAAUAUUCAGCCAUUCUUUGUACAGGAAGGAUUCUUUUCCCUUCUUAAAAGAGCAAAAAAAUUCAGUUCAAAGGCUGCUGGGUAUUCGCUGUGACUUUUAUUGAAGGAUAUCUGCUGAGUUGUUGAGUUGUCCUUGAGUUUUAUUGCUCUGUCCUCUGAAUCCUCGAGUGCUCUGACAGAUUCAUCUGUCUUUGAAUCCACUGUGGAUGAUGAAGAGCGCUGAGGCAGAGGCAGGCAGGUUUGCUUGUUGUUGUACUUAUAAAAGUAUUUAAAGCCAAACAAGUUACUUUUGUAUGAAACUAACUUGAUAUUGGUAAUAUUAAUAUUACUGAGCCCUGUAGGAUUUUGUGUAUACCUAGCUGAAAACGUAUUUAACCUUAACCCAGCCAGUUUAUAACUUAAAGGCUGGACGUGUGAUCAACCCAUCACCGCUUUCUCUAGUUGGGAUUGAUUAAAGUAAAACUGCUGAAACACACAAGCCAAGUGCAAGUAACUGUCAUUUUGAUGGCUUUAUGGCUUCAUUAACCUGAGAUUAAGAUACAAAACUAACCAUGUAGGAAAGAUAAUACCUCUGUAAACUCAUACUGCUGCCAUGAAGGCCCAGUCACACCAGUAUUUCACAAUAAAUUUACGUAAUUCCAGUUUUUUGUUUUUCUUUUGCCAGUUUAUGCCAUAGAAAGCUGUCUUUGUAUCUCAACAUGGAUGAAGCUUUUUUGUAGCUUAUGCGUCAUCAUUUGUGGGGAUACAAGGGUCUCUAAGAAAGCUCAAACGAGUGUGCAGUCAUCUAUAAAACAGGAGUUUAAAACUUUCCGGUGAUCCCUCUAGUAGCGUUUAAAAAAGCAGGACUGAGACUGAGCUACCAAAAUGAAUCAGUCUCAUCUCUUGUUUUACACGGGUUGUUGCCGUCAGCUUCAGAGUCUCCAAGUGAGACAUUUUGGUGAGUAAAUGUGUUUUUGCUGUAGAAGAAAAAAAAAGUAAACUGUUCCACUGUCUUGCAGCCCUGAGUGCAGCUCCCUUAAUAAAGAUUAGUGCAUUACUAUUAAAGAUGAUCAAACUGCUCAUUUGACUCUUUUGAUGUAGGACUGAAAACUGUUUGAACACUUCCAUUUGAUUAAACAAACACAAGUGUUAGCAGGUGUUAAUGUUAACUUUUUGUGUGUGUAUAAAAGGUUUGUCCCAGGUUUCUAAAUUUAAAUGUUUCACUAAGAAAUCUGAAUGCAGUCCACUGUGUUUCUGCUGUGACUGGGCCUUAAAAGUAAUAUUUAAUAUAUAUUAUGAUUUUUAAGCUAACUUAAAGCCUUGUACAGUUAAUUCUACUAAGUGUACAUCAUAAUAAUUUGUGAGAACAUUCUGAAAUGGACCUCUCAUCCAGAGGAGCCAUCCUGUAAACAAACAUCCCCCAACGAUCUUUGAAUCUUCUCAUUAGGUGGGGGGGUUAAGAAUUAGAGGGUUUCAUUGUGUUGCAGGCUGGCAUCGAACAAACCCUCCCACACAUGUAUGACGCUACACGCUACCUGCGAGUUCAGCUGCUCACCUUGUAUGAAGGGAAGGAGGGCAGUUGGGUUCAAAGCAGGGGGACAAUGGACAUUUUACACCAAGGGCUAAACCGAAUUAUCUUUGUAUGUUUGUGCUCUAAACAGUGUCUGCUUCUCAUUUUCAUCUAUCUAUCAGGAGGCAUGCUUGUUCAUAUUUUCAUAUUUUUUUCUUGUGUAGAGAGAAAAUAUUAACACGAACAGAAUUUCUGUGGAGCAAAGGAACUUUUGUGUAACAUGUAAAAACACCGUUAUGUUAAAUAUUGUUAUUGGAGAAGAGGUGACCAUAAUGAUGUCAUAUUUUGUACUUUUUUUUUUGUUUGUUUUGUUUGUUUUUUUCUGGCGGUGAGAUGGACCUCCCGGUCAUGAUGGCUGGCUUUCCUCUUCCUCGGGGUUUAAGUUGUAUUACGAGGAAGACGGACAUGAUUGAAUAUUGAGUGAAGCUUCCUGCCAGCUAUUUUUAGUGUUUUAAAUUAAUGUGUUCACGUGUUACUGGUCUGGUUUAUAUUAAAAGAAAAAAAAAAAAAAAAGAACAAAACGACCCCUUAAUGAGACAGUGGACACUUUUAUCAUCAUUUCUUUUGUCUUUUACAUCAGUGUGCAUUUUUUUAAUUCUCUGUGGAUUUUAUUGUAUAAUCCUGGAUUUUAAAUUUUAAAACUUUAUAGUGGAGUUUUUGGGAAGAAAAAAUGAAAAGGAGAGCAAAAAGAGUUGAUGCAAUCACAGAGAGAAGACGGACCACAUGAUGAUGUCAGAAGCCAGUAUCUGUGACUUAUGAUGUCACGGCGUGUAUGAGUCUUAAUGUACAUGCGUCUCUUCUGAUCUAUGUACCCGUUUGUGUAACUCCUCGUCGUCUUCUUCUUAGGAAUGCUUAACCUCAUUUUGACCUAACUCGGAUUCACAGCACACAGACGAUUUUUAGACCCAAACUGCCACAACGAUUUGUUCAUAUCAACCUCUAAUGAAAUUUAACGGCCUGUAAAGUUGUUAUACUUUUCCUUAAAGGGAUGCUACAAUCACCAAAGUGAGGAUUUUCCAAACAUUUAAAAAACAUGAAUUGAUAAAGUUUGAUUAUUGAAUCAAGUUUUUGUAUUUGAAGAGAAGUACAACAGCUGAGUACAUUAAUGUGUCGCAUGGUUCAUGAAUUUGUAUUGCUGUCAUUUGACUUAAUAUGUAUCUGAAAAGGGCAAUUUCCUUUUUUUGUUUUCUUUAAAGCAGCUUUCUUAUUCGUGCUCAUUUUUAACAGAAUUUUUAAGGGCACAGGAGUGGGAAAAAUACUUUUUAAAGCUGCCACAACCGCAGAGGGGAGAAAGUUAAUUCUAUUAAAGUGUUUUUGGUUUUUUUGGGAGGGGAGGGUUUAUUAUUUAUUUAUUUUAUUAGCGAUAGUAGUUGUUUCUGAUUUGGUGGAGAAGAUGUUCUGACGUUGGCUGACUUGUUGCUUUUAAAGCUUCAAGGCAAAGUGAAAAAAAUUCAUGUUGUAAAACGUAAAGGACGUGAGAUUUGGUUGUUUUUUUUGUUUUUUUUAAUGUCUCACUCAUUUCUCCUCACACCUUCAAAGGCCUGUUACUGUUGUAAUCCAUGUUAAGUUACUUGCUCCCCUGAUAAAACUGUGUGCCUGUAUGUAUGAAUGUGUAUGUGUGUUUACCACAGAGGGGAGGCAUGGGCAUAUUUGUAUUCUUUAAGCUACUCUGCAUACCUCAAACUGUAUGAUAUAUUUAUUUAUAACAUCCCCUUAAAUGUCUAUUUCCAAGAAUAUCCCAACAAAGGUCUCACAGAUGUGCAACCCUUUUGUUAUUGGUGAUCAAUUCUUGCAUUUGUAGAAAUCAUACUGUUAAAAUGAUAAUAACAAUAAAAAAAAUACACUUAA